UCCAUUCAACACUUACAAUCCACCACCGACAAUUCAGAGGGUUGUAGAAAUCAGAUCUUCCCGCAUAACGAGUCAUUGGUAAUAUUUGUUUUUGUGUGUUGACACAUAUUUAUAGAUUUACCACUCGGAGGUAGGUCUUAUUUAUUUUAGAGCUUGCAUAGGGUUCCAGAAAUUUUUUGCCUACUCAACACAGGGCCUACCACCGAAGAAGAAGACUCCUUGGCUUCAUGGUGUGUGAUAUUUGAUGGGUCGUGGUUGGUAGACUAUCGAGGCUUGCAAUGGGAAUUGCCUGGUGCUACACACCUGAUGUGCGCUCCAUCUGGUUAGCGCGAAUAACCCAAAUAGCAACCGACAAUAUUUGUUUUAAGAUUGCUCACCACAUACACCAUGUGGUCAGCAAUCCUGAAUAUGAAAUACAAGAUACAACUUUGCCCGCCAAAAAAAAUGAUACUACUAUAUGACACCAUGAGCUUGCUUUUGGAAACAUCCUAGUAAGAACACCCACCACACCCUGUUAAUCUAUGAGUUGCUUUAAUUAGUUAAUGCGGCCCAAAGCCAAAGUGGCUACCAAGUUGCAUUCCACGUUAUCAUUGUUUUUGGCGGGAAAGUUAUAUUUCACAUUGUACAGUAGGUUUCUGUUUGGUUUACUCGCAGUCUCAAUCACCGCACCAGCGUCUAGUGCUUGGCAGCGACUGUAGAAAAUCACUACAAAUGUAUCAUUUGCUACGCAGCUUCCACAGAUUCUGUUGCAGUACCCUGCUUCCUCUGUUCCUCACAAUCUUAUUACUCCAGCACCCAGCUCUCAGCUGAAGGCAGUAAACCGUAAAGAUGACAAGCAUGCAGAAGCCGGGCGUGGACGAGCAGCCGCUGCUCGGACCCGCGGAGCGGGACGAGCAUGCGGCGGCGGCGGCGGAGGCGAAGCGACUGCUGCAGCUGGCCGGGCCGCUGGUGGCGAGCGGCAUCCUCCGGUGCGCGCUGCAGCUGGUGUCGGUGAUGUUCGUGGGCCACCUCGGCGAGCUGCCCCUCGCCGGCGCCUCGCUCGCCACGUCCCUCGCCAACGUGACCGGCUUCAGCUUGCUGGUGGGCAUGGCGAGCGCGCUGGACACUCUGUGCGGGCAGGCGUUCGGCGCGCGGCGGUACGGCCUCCUCGGCGUCUACAAGCAGCGGGCGAUGCUGGUGCUGGCGCUCGCCUGCGUCCCCGUCGCCCUCGUCUGGGCCAGCACCGCCCGGAUCCUCCUGCUCCUCGGCCAGGACCCGACCAUCGCCGCCGAGGCCGGCGCCUACGCGCGGUGGCUCAUCCCGGCCCUCGUCCCGUACGUCCCCCUCGUGUGCCACAUCCGGUUCUUGCAGACGCAGAGCAUCGUCGUGCCGGUCAUGGUCAGCUCCGCCGUCACCUCGCUCAGCCACAUCCUUGUUUGCUGGGCGCUGGUGUAUAAGGCGGGCAUGGGCAGCAAAGGCGCGGCGCUGGCCACCGCCGUCUCCUACUCCACGAACCUGGCCAUGUUGUCCCUGUACACGAGGCUGUCCGGCGCCUGCAAGAGGACGUGGACUGGGUUCUCCAUGGAGGCCUUCAAGGAGCUUCGCCAGUUCGCCGAGCUCGCCGUCCCCUCGGCCAUGAUGGUUUGCUUGGAAUGGUGGUCGUUUGAGCUGCUUGUGCUGCUCUCUGGCCUGCUGCCUAAUCCUAAGCUUGAAACCUCAGUAUUAUCGAUAUGUCUUAAUACCGGCGCUCUCAUGUUCAUGGUGCCAUCGGGUCUCUGCGCAGCCGUAAGCACGCGCGUUUCCAACGAACUCGGCGCCGGCAGGCCUCAGGCAGCGAGACUGGCAACCAGAGUGGCCGUGUGCAUGGCCCUGCUUGCAGGCUCCGUGAUCUCCAUCACCAUGAUUUUGCUACGCAAAUCCUGGGGUUACAUGUACAGCAACGAGGAGGAAGUCGUCACAUACAUUGCCAGGAUGAUCCCUGUCCUGGCCAUAUCUUUCUUCAUAGAUGGAAUCCACACAUCUCUUUCAGGUGUGCUCUAUGGAUGUGGUGAGCAGAAGAUCGGCGCACGUGUCAACCUCGCCGCGUUCUACUUGGCGGGCAUCCCCUUGGCCGUGUUGCUUGCAUUCGUCCUGCAUUUGAACGGGAUGGGGCUUUGGCUCGGCAUCGUCUGCGGCAGCCUCAUCAAGCUUGUGUUGCUCGUGUGGAUCGUACUUUCUAUAAACUGGGAGAAUGGGGUAAUAGCUUGCAAUUUGCGCAGCACCAUAGAAUUUUCUUUGGACAGCAAUGCGUGACCCCUCUUUAUUUGGUUUCAGUCAACUAAGGCAAAAGACAUGGUGUUAGGAACUUCUCUUCCGUUUGCAUGAAGAUCCUUCGGCUGAUUGUUAUGUGUAUAGACAGGCCAAUUUGCUUCGAGGAGUGGGUAGAAAAUGUGAAUAUUGUGGGCUAAGAUUAUAGUGUCACCAGCAUCACUUGAUAUUGUCAAUUAUUUUUCUCCUGUUUUUUGAGAGAGUGAGAUUGUUAAUAAUUUUGUAAGAAAUUGUUUAUUUCCUAUUGACUAUUUCUGUCAUGCGGAAUAUAUGCUUAAUAUAUACUUUGCAUUUA